AUGACAUUUAUUCCUCAAUCACCAUUUGCUAGAAGAACUCAACAAUUUAUCACUCACAACAAUACAACAGUAGAAGAAACUUCCUUCCAAUCAAAUGAUCUUCUCUAUGUUUCCAACAGCACAAAUUCCAAUAUUAAAUUAACUGGAACCCGAUGCAUGAAGAUUAUUCUAGAUUCUAAUAAUGAUUCUACUAUUACUUUUAAUGUAAAUUCCAUCACAACAGGAUUUGUAGAAGUGAUGAAAUGUAAAUCUAGCAAAAUUUUGCUGGAAUCAAAUUGUUCACACAAAAUUAACACUUUACAAUUGGAUGCUGUGCAGGAUUGUGAAAUUAUUUUUAACAUUUCUGAUGAAAAUGUUAAUAAUGAAGAAUUUUUAAAGAGUUUUUGUUCGGAUUUAUCUAUCAUUUCGAAUAUUGAAUGUAAAAAUGUCAAGUUGAUUAUUAGAAAUGAAAAUGGAAAUGCUUUAUUCGAAUCAAUUCUGAUUUUUGAAAAUAUUGAAGAAAAUGUUUUGCAAAAUAACAGAAGCUCCAUUCAAUUCAAAUCUAAAUUUGUGAAACAAGACGAAACUAUUCUAUUAGAAACUGAAGUUAUAAUUCGUGAAGGAGUCAAUGGAUAUGUUUCUACCAGAAAAGAACAACAAGACAAGGAUAAACUUCAAAAAGAAUUUGACGAAAAGAUGGAAAAACUCCUCAAAGAUGGUCUUUCCAAAUAA